AUGCUUUGUCUAAGGUUGUCUCACUCUAAGAACCAUUUAUUUAUUAAAAUUUUAGAAAAUAGGAUAGUGGGGGGCACGAAAGCACCAAACGGCUCAGUGCCUUACCAGGUUUCUCUUCGUAUAUACGGUGUAAGGCACUUCUGUGGAGCAUCCUUGAUCACACCAAGAGUCAUUCUAACCGCCGCCCAUUGCGUUGAUAGAUUAAAACCUAAAUACUUUAAAGCAAUAGUUGGAACCAAUCAACUCCGCACUGGUGGCACAGCAUACGCAAUCCGCAAAGUUGUACAACAUGAGAAUUACGAUGAUGACAUUAUUAAAAACGAUAUAGCUAUUAUUUUUACGGAAGAAGAGAUAGAGUUCAAUAGCACAAUUGAUGCUAUAGAGUUGAAUGAUGAACCUGUGGAGAAGGGGGAAGAUUUACUUCUUACAGGGUGGGGAGCAACUUCUUAUCCAGGUCACCUACCCAAUGACUUGAUGCAGCUGGAACUGAAAGCCGUCAGCUACGAAGAUUGCAAGGAAGCGCACAAAAGUGUCAACGCGGUUUUUGAGUCUCAGAUCUGUGCGAUGACAAAAGCUGGAGAAGGAGCUUGCCAUGGUGACUCUGGUGGACCUCUGGUGAGAGAAGGUCGUCAGGUUGGAGUUGUAUCGUGGGGUAUCCCAUGUGCUAGAGGCAAACCGGACGUAUAUACAAAGGUGGAAGCCUUCAUGAGUUGGAUAGAGAAGACACUACAUGACGACGAUGAAGACCACAUAUUGUUCCUUCACAAUAGGAGAAAAACAAACAGGCACUGAAUCUAAAUUCAGCCAUGACAACGUUAAAAGCAUUAACAUAAACUGUUAGAGGAAUAGGAUUUGUCUUUUGAGAGUGAUCUCUUUAUUGAAAAAUAAAUAAUCAUAUUUGAAUAAUAAGUGUAAUAUUAGUUUUGACAGUUUUUGUAAACCCCAGAUUUUACGUUAAUGACAUGAAAUAAGGUUUUAAUUAUAUAAUCCUGAC